CAUGCAAAUAUGUAAAUGAUGAUGUGUUAGUCCCGAUUAUGUUGCAGUUGUGGCCCGUGGAUUGCAAUUCCCUUAAUAGACCAGAUCAGGUCUACAGGUCUUGGUACUUAGGUACUUCGUAGUUGCACUGUAACCUGAACUCCGAUUAAGACUUUGAGAUAACGGGCAAGUUCCAAGUUCAGUCCCGAGUGAGAUAGGAGGCUUUGUAAGCUGCCGGUUAUCCUCAACCAUAACUUCAUAACUUCUUCCCCUAUCACACGGACACAUCCAAGUAAGAAACUAAGACAAUUUAUCAUACUUACCUACAUAGGCAGAUAGUUAUUAAAACUGCUAUCCGUAACAUGGAUGAGAAAGCGGUCCUCGGCGUCGACGAUGCAGCGCCCGUUCGCUCUCGACCUUCGUUUGCGAGGAAGGCGAUUCUUAUUGCUACGUCUUUAUUGGUCAUAGGCACAUUGUUGCACCCAACAUCGCGAUGCCAUCACCCGUUGUCGAAAGCGUAUGACCACUUUAGCCCGAAGUCCGUUGAGCAGAGGGUCCAGAAGAUCCUCUCAGAAACCCCUUUGAUAGAUGGUCAUAAUGACUUUGCUAUUCUCAUACGGUUCAUGUACAAUAACCACAUUUAUGAUGAAAAAUUUACAAAGCCAUUUGAAGAGGGCGGUUUUCCGAUGCACGUCGACCUCCCUAGGUUGAGAGAAGGACAAAAUGGAGGUGCCUUCUGGAGUGUCUACACGCCUUGUCCCACAAAUGGCUCGGAUUGGUCGGAUGAGAACUACGCUUCUAGUGUUCAGCUCACUCUACAGCAGAUCGAUCUUAUGACCCGUCUACAAACUGCUUAUCCAAACGAUUUCUCCGGAAUCCCAACAGACUCGAAGUCUGCUGUAGAAGCGUUCAAGAAGGACAAAUUUGUCUCACCCCUAGGGAUCGAGGGUCUCCACCAAAUCGGCAACUCGGUUGCCAACCUGCGGCGCUACUACGCCCUAGGGGUUCGAUAUGCUACUCUGACACACAACUGUGGUAACAAAUUUGCGGAUGCAGCUCUCUGGGAGAACCCAUUUGCCAAGGCUCCCCCGGUUUGGGGUGGUCUAUCCCCUAAGGGCAAACAGUUGGUCAACGAGAUGAAUCGCAUUGGUAUGAUAGUCGACCUAUCCCAUGUCAGCGUUGACACUAUGAGAGACGUCCUAGGCGGCAGUGAAGGAUGGGCAGGCAGUAAGGCUCCCAUCAUGUUCAGCCAUAGCUCUGCUUUUUCGAUAUGUCCGCAUCCUCGCAAUGUUCCCGACGAUAUACUUCAGCUUGUGAAAGAGAAGAAUUCGAUCGUCAUGGUCAACUUUUCCCCUGAUUUCAUCAGUUGUGUCGACAAGGGAGCUGAGAACGGCGUCCCCGAGUUCUUCCCUGAGAACAACACCCUCUCGCAGGUGGUUGACCAUAUUGAAUACAUCGGUAAUCUGAUUGGAUACGAUCAUGUCGGUCUAGGAAGUGACUUUGAUGGCAUUCCAUCUACUCCCGAGGGAUUGGCCGAUGUGUCCAAGUACCCAGAUCUGAUGGCAGAGCUACUCCGCCGUGGAAUCUCUGACGAGGAUGCGGGCAAGAUUGCAGGUGGUAACGUAUUGCGGGUCUGGGGAGACGUCGAGAAGGUAGCUGCAAAGUUGCAGUCAGGAGGAGAGCCUGUGCUGGAAGAUGAUCUGGAAGAUCUAUUUGGAGUAGAUGUUUAUUUCUCUGGCAUAUCAGACUGAGCGAGUCUACAGGAUCUUUGAUUUCUACUGGGUACUCUUUGUACCUCAUGAUGCUUUACUGACAAAUUAGCCCGCAAUCAUUUUCAAUGGGGUGAGCGACCCCCUAAAAUAAUCAAUCAGGUGUUAUUUCGGUCAUAUGAUGUCUUAUACAAGCGUGGGCAAUGUGAUCAGAUUGUUAGUUUUCUGGCAUAUAAGAUGCUGUCGAUAAGGUUCCAUGAGAUCUCAUAUAUCUUUAAAACUGCGAGUUUUACAUUUAGUUAUGUAAGGGAAUCGCGUCCCUAUACUACUAUUUAGUUCAUAGAGAAUAUAUAUACUCUCGAAUUUGCCUAUUUAUAGAGGACUAGAACUUGAUAUAAUCAUCCAUUCAACGCCUUUCUUCACGAGCCACGUUAAGUCGACUCCAUGGAACAUUUCAUUCCUAUACUUAUAUGCUAAGUAUUCCCAAGUAAACGGUUU